CGUCGUGCGUCGAAAAAAAAACAGUAUAAAAUUUUCAAAGGAAAAACUUGCUUGUUGUAUGAAAACUUGUACAUUAAUGCAUAUAAUAUAAGCGCGCGCGUUUCAAAGUUAUUUAACUAAACACUCUAACUAAAUUGGCAUCGACUUUUAGUUGUUUGUAUGUAUUUUUCUUCGACUAAGUGGAAUUGUGUGCCGCCAACGCCGCUCCACCGUUGUCGUCGCUGUGUUGCCGUCGUCAUUUGGCAUCAAAAAGUGCUCAAACAAGAUUUCCACUUCAAAUUCAGGAAUUUCGUUGUAUCGGCCUCUGCGCAACGAAGUGAAGUAGCAGCGGGGAAAUAAAUCGAAAUAUAAAAGCGCAAUACAAAUAAUAAAAAUUUAAAUUCCAGCACAAAGUUGCAAGUGCAUUUAUUCAAGUGUAAUUGUGUGUUUGGUGUGCCUGUGUGUAAAACAUUUAGUGCAACCAAAACUUUUGGAUUAGCGGCACUUCUGGCUGUGCCUGCGUAUACAUAACCAACCAACAGACUAUUGAGCAUUGACUAAAACGAUGCGCACAGCAGGUCACAGACGUCAGCACAGAGCAUGAUGAUGAUGUUGCCGACAAUGAUGAAGUUGCUGCCCAAUCGCCGGUAACUGCUGACAGCAAAGUGCAUCUCGAAGAGAGCGCGAUACGAAGCCGGAGGAAAGCAAGAGGGAAAAACGCAUUUCCGCCAGACAACUCGACUGGCGCUGCAACUCAGCUACCUACCUAGGCAGCAAGGCGCUCAACUACCUACCAGAGUAACGUGCAUACGGUUGCUGCUGCUCGUUACUGUUAGUUGCCACUCGCUGGUUUCGCUCUGGACGCGGGCAGCUGUCAGUUGCAAGGUAGCGCGCGGGAGUGACGGCUGCAACGGAGAACGGAAAGCGGGUACGAAGCGAAAACAAAGAGUGACGAGAGGCGCGAACGAAAACGAGAAACGCGGAGCGACCGGGAUCCGGUCGUCCUCAAUCCUUUUGUCUCACAAAUAUUUAUUUAAACGUGAUUGCUGUUGACAAAGUGGCGUCCACCGAUACUUUCAAUUAGGCACGUUGCUUUUAAAUGUGCCACAAUGGAGGCGAUGUCGACGUUGACGACAACCCUGCAACCACCGGCUCGUUGUAAAGGGGGAGGAAGAGCAGCAGGACUGUCAUUACUACUGCUGCUGCUAUAUGGCACUGCAGUCAGGGCUGAGCCGUAUGCCGGUUUCGGAAGUGGUGGCAUGGCCAGCGGUCUCGGAUCUGUGGGCAUCCACAUACCAGGCGGGGGCGUGGGAGUCAUCACCGAGGCACGUUGUCCUCGCGUUUGUGCGUGCAGUGGAUUAACUGUCGACUGUUCGCAUCGCGGACUGACGCAGGUGCCGCGCAAGAUAUCCGCAGAUGUGGAGAGACUCGAUUUGCAGGGCAAUAACUUAACGGUGAUAUAUGAGACGGAUUUCCAGCGCUUGACCAAGUUGCGCAUGCUGCAACUCACGGAUAACCAAAUACACACCAUAGAGAAGAAUGCCCUGCAGGAUUUGGUUUCUCUCGAGCGAUUACGCCUAAACAACAAUCGACUAAAGGCAAUACCUGAAAACUUUGUGACAAGUUCAGCGAGUCUUUUGCGAUUAGACAUCUCGCACAAUGCCAUCUCGACGGUGGGCAGACGCGUCUUCAAGGGCGCCCAAUCCUUGCGCAGCCUGCAAUUGGACAACAAUCAAAUCACAUGUAUGGAUGAGCAUGCCUUCAAGGGUCUUACUGAGCUGGAAAUACUCACGCUGAAUAACAACAAUUUGACCGCUCUGCCGCACAAUGCCUUCAGCGGCUUGAACAGGCUUCGCGCGCUGCGCCUCUCCGACAAUCCGUUCGCGUGUGAUUGCCAUUUAUCCUGGCUGUCUCGCUUCCUACGCAACGCGCCGCGCCUUGCUCCGUACACGCGCUGCCAGUCGCCGUCGCAGCUUAAGGGCCAAAACGUGGCGGACCUGCACGAUCAAGAGUUCAAAUGUUCAGGCCUGACCGAGCAUGCGCCCAUGGAAUGCGGCGUGGAGAACAGUUGCCCACACCCAUGCCGCUGCGCCGAUGGUAUUGUUGAUUGUCGUGAGAAGAGCCUAACCAGUGUGCCCAGCACGCUGCCCGACGACACCACAGAGCUACGCCUCGAGCAGAACUUUAUUACAGAGCUGCCACCGAAAUCAUUUUCAAACUUUCGACGACUGCGACGCAUUGAUCUGUCCAACAACAACAUUUCGCGUAUAGCCCACGACGCACUGAGCGGCUUAAAGCAGCUAACCACACUUGUUCUGUAUGGCAAUAAAAUAAAGGAUUUACCCUCGGGCGUAUUCAAAGGACUCACCUCGCUGCAGUUGCUGCUGUUGAAUGCCAACGAGAUCUCGUGCAUACGCAAGGAUGCCUUUCGCGACCUGCAUAACCUCAGUCUGCUAUCGCUCUACGACAACAAUAUCCAGUCGCUGGCUAAUGGCACAUUCGACGCUAUGAAGAGCAUACAAACGCUACAUUUGGCCAAGAAUCCUUUCAUUUGUGACUGCAAUCUGCGCUGGCUGGCCGACUAUUUGCACAAAAAUCCCAUAGAGACAAGUGGAGCACGCUGUGAGUCACCCAAGCGGAUGCAUCGCCGGCGCAUUGAAUCGUUGCGCGAUGAGAAAUUUAAAUGUUCGUGGGAUGAGCUGCGUAUGAAACUCUCCGGCGAAUGUCGCAUGGACACCGAAUGCCCAUCCAUGUGCCAUUGCGAGGGAACGACAGUCGAUUGUGCGGGCCGCGGCCUCAAGGAAAUUCCACGGGACAUUCCGUUGCAUACCACAGAGCUUCUGCUGAAUGACAACGAGCUGGGCCGAAUUAACUCGGAUGGGCUCUUCGGGCGAUUGCCCCACCUGGUUAAGUUGGAAAUGAAGCGGAAUCAGCUAACGGGAAUAGAGCCCAAUGCUUUCGAAGGCGCCUCACGCAUACAGGACUUGCAGUUGGGUGAGAACAAGAUUAAGGAGAUAUCGAACAAGAUGUUCCUCGGAUUGCAUCAACUCAAGACUCUCAAUCUUUACGACAAUCAAAUUUCAUGCGUUAUGCCCGGUUCAUUCGAACAUCUCAACUCGCUGACGUCUUUAAAUCUCGCCUCGAAUCCAUUCAAUUGCAAUUGUCAUUUGGCCUGGUUCGCCGACUGGUUACGUAAAAAGUCGUUGAACGGUGGCUCUGCACGUUGCGCUGCCCCGGCCAAGGUACGUGAUGUGCAAAUCAAGGACCUGCCCCACAACGAAUUUAAAUGCAGCAGCGAGAACAGCGAGGGCUGCCUGGGCGAUGGCUAUUGUCCUCCAUCCUGCACGUGCACCGGCACCGUGGUGCGCUGCUCGCGCAAUCAAUUGAAGGAAAUACCACGGGGCAUUCCCGCAGAAACGUCCGAGCUGUAUCUGGAGUCCAAUGAAAUCGAGCAAAUACACUACGAGCGCAUCAGGCAUCUGCGGGCGCUAACUCGACUCGAUCUCAGCAACAACCAAAUCACCAUAUUGUCCAAUUACACCUUUGCCAAUCUGACCAAGCUAUCGACGCUCAUCAUUUCCUACAACAAGCUGCAAUGUCUGCAGCGUCAUGCGUUGUCUGGUCUAAACAAUUUGCGCGUGCUCUCCUUGCACGGCAAUCGCAUAUCCAUGCUGCCGGAAGGCUCCUUCGAGGAUCUCAAGUCGUUGACACACAUCGCCCUCGGCAGUAAUCCACUGUACUGUGACUGUUCACUGAAAUGGUUCUCCGAUUGGAUCAAGCUGGACUAUGUGGAGCCGGGUAUCGCGCGCUGUGCAGAGCCAGAGCACAUGAAGGACAAGCUGAUACUGUCGACGCCAUCAUUGAGCUUCACCUGUCGGGGCAAGGUGCGUAACGAGAUCCUGGCUAAGUGUAACGCAUGCUACGAGCAGCCAUGUCAGAACAAGGCGCAGUGCUUGGCGCUGCCACAGCGCGAGUACCAGUGUCUGUGCCAGCCGGGAUAUCAUGGCAAGCACUGCGAAUUCAUGAUCGACGCCUGCUAUGGAAACCCUUGUCGCAACAAUGCCACCUGCACGGUUCUGGAAGAAGGUCGCUUUAGUUGCCAGUGCGCGCCGGGCUACACGGGAGCCCGCUGUGAGACGAACAUUGACGAUUGUCUGGGUGAGACCAAGUGCCAGAACAAUGCGACUUGCAUUGAUGGUGUUGAGUCGUAUCGCUGUGAAUGCCAGCCUGGCUUCACUGGCGAGUAUUGCGACGCAAAGAUCCACUUCUGCAGUCCGGAUUUCAAUCCUUGCGCGAAUGGAGCCAAAUGCGUGGAUCAUUUUACGCACUACAGCUGCGAAUGCUCGGCUGGUUUCCAUGGCAUUAACUGCACGGACAACAUCGACGACUGCCAGAACCACAUGUGCCAGAAUGGCGGCACCUGCAUCGAUGGCAUUAACGACUACGUGUGUAAGUGCCCGGAUGACUUUACCGGAAAGUACUGCGAGGGACACAACAUGAUAUCCAUGAUGUAUCCACAAACAUCGCCAUGUCAGAACCACGAGUGUAAGCAUGGCGUAUGCUUUCAACCCAAUCCGGUAGGCUCGGACUACCUCUGCAAGUGUCAUCCUGGCUACACGGGCAAGUGGUGCGAGUACUUGACCAGCAUCAGCUUUGUGCACAACAAUUCCUUCGUGGAGAUGGAACCGUUGCGGACACGGCCAGAGGCCAAUGUAACCAUAGUGUUUAGUAGUGCCGAACAGAACGGCAUACUUAUGUACGAUGGUCAGGAUGCACACCUGGCGGUGGAGCUGUUCAAUGGACGGAUACGCGUUAGCUACGACGUGGGUAACUAUCCCGUAUCUACUAUGUACAGCUUUGAAAUGGUAGCUGAUGGAAAAUACCAUGCCGUGGAGCUUCUAGCUAUCAAAAAGAACUUUACGCUGCGCGUGGAUCGAGGCCUGGCACGUUCGAUCAUCAAUGAGGGCUCCAAUGAUUACCUAAAAUUGAGCACGCCCAUGUUCCUGGGCGGCUUACCCGUAGAGCCUGCUCAGCAGGCCUAUAAGAAUUGGCAAAUCCGCAAUCUGACCAGCUUCAAGGGCUGCAUGAAAGAGGUGUGGAUCAAUCACAAGCUGGUUGACUUCGGCAAUGCACAACGGCAGCAAAAGAUUACCCCGGGCUGUGCCUUGUUAGAGGGUGAGCCUGCUGAAGAGGAUGAUGAGCAGGAUUUCAUGGAUGAAACUCCACACAUCAAGGAGGAACCCGUGGAUCCUUGCGCGGAACACAAGUGCCGGCGCGGUAGCCGCUGUGUGCCCAACGGCAAUGCACGCGAUGGGUAUCAGUGCAAGUGCAAGCAUGGCCAACGUGGCCGAUACUGCGAUCAAGGUGAGGGCAGCACAGAGCCCCCAACAAUCACUGGGACUGCCACAUGUCGCAAGGAGCAAGUGCGCGAAUACUACACCGAGAACGACUGCCGCUCGCGGCAGCCUUUGAAGUACGCCAAGUGCGUGGGCGGUUGCGGUAAUCAGUGCUGCGCUGCCAAGAUUGUGCGACGGCGCAAGGUGCGCAUGGUGUGUAGCAACAACCGCAGGUACAACAAGAACUUGGAGAUUGUGCGCAAAUGUGGAUGCUCCAAGAAAUGCUACUGACUGAAAGAUGCGACUACCCAAUUGCUUGAGCGAAGCAAUAGCAGCUUAGAUGUUAAUUUAGGAACAGCAACUAGCGUCAGUCUAAAUUUAAACUUAACGAAUAGUAGUAGUAGUAGUUAUAUUAACGAUAGCAUUAAGCAGAUUAGCCAUAGGAAUAGCACUAGUGUGAAGGAUACGGGGGUUACGGGUGCAGGUGAAGACGAAGACGAAGGCAGUGCAGAGCAUCUUAGCGUUGAUGAUGUGGGUGAUGCCGAUACAGACUAUGCCAUAGAGGAUUCAGAGCGCAUGCAGCUAAAUCCAAGCGCUGAUCUCUAUGACGACGAAGACGAUGAUGAUGUUUAUGAUGAUGGUCUAGGGGAUGAUGACGACGAGGACGGUCUAGACGAUGAAGAGCCGGAGGAGUUGCCUGAUCCCAAAGGCUUGGUAUCGCCGGCUGCCGACGAAGAGGAAGAUAUGGGCUACGAUGAGGAUGAUGAGCGAUUAGCGAUGGAACGACCGCGUACGACGCGACCUCGCGCCGACGAGGAGCAUUUCGUCAACGAGGAGGGAAGCGGUGGUGGUUAUAAGCCACGGUUUAAACCCAACAGGAAUGAGAACGCCUACCGCUUGAGUCAGCUGGAGAACAUACGCAAAAAAUUGCUGACUGAAAGUCAAAGCGAGGUGGCAGCGGCAGCUGCGUCCGCGUCUGCGAUUGAUCUGCGUGAAAGCAGCGGCAAUUUUGCUAACGAUGACGAAGAUGGCGACGACAACGAUGACGGCGUCGAUGAUGAUGAUUACGUUGACAAUGGCGAUGGAGGCGGUCCUGGUGGUGCCGGUGGUGGCUUCUUUGGCUCUCAGCGUAAAAGCGGUGGGGGCGGUGCCGGCUCCAAUCACUAUUUCCGGAAGAAUACGAACGAUGCUAUCAAAAUCAUAUCGACGCCACUGGGAAAAGUGGGCAUUGUGUAUCAGCAAACACCCACCCAGGAGGAACAGCAAUUGGCAGCUGAGGCAGCCAACAAGCAAAAGAAGCCGGCGUCCACCUUUACCGACUUUGACGCCUUGUCACCGGAUCCAGAGAGCAGUCAUCGUUUUCCGUCGCCACAUCCAAAGAUAACUCCCGUACUAACACCCGAUGGCAAGGUGGCCCUGCUUUACCGUGGUGAUUCGGAGAGCUCCAAAUACGAGCCGAUACGCAACAUGACGCACAAAUUUGCAGGCAACGGCAACAAUAAGAGCGAGUCGCCUGAUCAGGCUAAGACGCCACCAGACAAUGCCGCCGAUGAUUCAGCAGAUGAUUCCAUAUACACGGAUAGCGAGUACGAGAGUGGUGCUGUAGAUAAGCCUGCUCCGGCUGCUGCUGCCGAGAACGUAGCUCCGAAACCGGAACUGCCUGAGAUUGUGGAGCCACCCGCGCAUGUACAGCCCGGCGGCUCCUUCAUUAUACGUCCUACCUCUGACUCGCUGCUGCCCAUGAUUAAUCGUCCAUUGUCCGAAGUGCUGGGCAUCAAGAAGAACCAGUUCCAGGAGACUCGGGUACGCGAACACAUGCCCACGCAACUGGCCACGGAGGCAACUCCACGUUCCCUACUAGCCCAACCUCCCCAGCACGGCGACAGCAGCACUCUGCACUUCCUGACCAAGGUAAAUCUCGCAGACUAUCCAACGUCAACCCGCAUUCAGCCGAACCGGGACUUUGACUUUAGUCGCGACAAUACGAUGUUGGACGAACGGUCCCGGGUGCGGGAGCUGGAGAAGCAACGUGAGCGGGAGCACAACGAGGCCACAGGGAAGGGCACGGAAGCCCACACAAUUGCCAACGAGGAACUACUCUCCAAGACGGAAGUGGUAAAUCUAGCCAUCAUUCCCCACUUCGAUGAAGAUAUGGAACGGCUGCAGCGUCUGCAUGAGAACGGCGGCCUCAGCAAUCGACGGCAUCAUCGGGCGAGGCAUCGGCACAAACAAACGGAGGAGGAGCUAUCCGGCAUACAUUGCAUCAUGCAGGUCAUGAUGGGCAUUGCGGCCGUAUCCACGGUGUUUGGCAUGCUCGGUACGUUCUUCAAGCAGCGCAUACUCGAUCAGUUGCGUCUGAUGCACUGGUAGUACAACAAGGGUAUUCGAUUGCUGUCGAAUACCCCCCAACAUCCCCCACCCCAACACUUCCCGCACUCAUCAUGCUUAUGGUCAUCAACUACUAUUACUACUACUACUAGCACUCGAGGCAUUUCUACUUCUCCACUACGUGUACUUUGUGUGCUUUGUGCACCUCGUGCUCUCCCCUUUACUGCGCCAUAUGCAUAAUACAUAUAUACACAUACUCGUAUAUACUACUAUAUAUACUAUAGAUACAUACAUAUAUAUCACAACAACAGCUAUAUACUCUAUAAACGCUAUAUAUUUGUAGACAUGUGUUGUGUCUGUCCAUCGAGGAGCGUCAUAUUUUGACUUUCUCUGAUUUUCGUAUAAACCUUUUCCCGCUUCUUUAUAUAACUCAAUUAUAUAACAAACUCAUGUAUAUUCAUUAUAGUGCAAGCUACCCAGGCGAUGUACAUACAUAUACUUAUAUACUCGAUAUAUACCUGUCACACAUAAUAACUGAACCGAUCUAUAUGUAUAUGAUGAUGAACGCAACUGUAGCCACUGCCAAAUUUUCCUUUUAACCUCUUUUGUCUUGAACUUUUCCCCAUUAACCUUUUGCUCUCAGCUCGUUUCAACCUUUUAUUCUUCUCAUAUGUCAUGUGAUUAAAGUUAAGCUUUAAGCAAAUCAAUGCAGUGCAUGUGCCACGCCCCCACAACCACCACCCACAACAGCAACAACAAGCAUGCUCACACUCGCCAAAAAAAAAAAAAAACAAAAAAAAAGAUGAUAAACAUUCCCUCACCCCGUUUAAAGAAUAUUGAACGUUGCAACCGACAGUUUCCUUUUGUAGAUAGACAACAGUUGACAAAUGAAUUGAAAUUGCAAUUGCAAUUGAAUUUGAGAUUUUAAUUGACAUCAACCGCACACAACUUGUAACGGUCGUUUUAAACGCGCCGUUCUCUCAAAGAAACGAGUAACGAUAAUAAGUGCAUAACGAAACGAAAUUUUUCUUAGUCCUAAGUGAUUGCAAGGGAGCGUCGCAAAUUCAUUUACUGCUCAAGUGAACGCAAAAACGUAUUUUCGUAGAAUUGACAUCAACAACAAUUAUACAAUAAACAACAACAACAACAACAGCAGCAGCAGCAAAAAGAGAACGCAAUCCCCCACGCGUAACGAAUUUUUCAACAAUUGUUGCAAAAUGUUUCUUCUAGUAUUAGUUUAAAAAAUUAUAAAAGUAACUAAACUAAAUGUGUGCAAAAUGUAACUAACAACAAAAACCUAAACAUAAAUCGGAUAACAAACAUCUAAGCUGGGUAGUCGCAUGUAAAUCUCUAACAAUUAACAAUUAUUACCAACCUAAGUUAGACCUAAAAACAAAAACUAAAUGAAAUGCAUUUAAA